AUGGCCUCUUCAAAUCUCAUAUUCUUCGCUCUCCUCUUCCUCUUCCUCUUCACCUCGUCCUCCGCUGUUUCGACGGUCGAGGUUUGCCAAUCCGCAACCUCCCCGUCCUUCUGCAAAUCCUUCCUCCCUUCCUCCCCGGCCUCCGUCCACUCCCAUUGUCGCUACACUCUCCAUCACGCCCUGGUCCAAGCACGCACCUUUGUAACACUCGUUGAUCUCCAACUUACCCUAUUUCCUUCCCUCUCGGCCCUCCAUGAUUGCCGCUCCCUCGCCGUGACCAACCUUGACUUCAUAUCGAGCACCGUCGACACCGUCAACACCACCACCAAUGCCCUUCCGUUUUAUCAAGCUGAUGAGAUGAUAUCGUUGCUUAGCGCCGUGAUCACCAAUGUAGAUACUUGUCAUGAUGGCUUAGCGGGCUCAGGCUCGAGUUCGGGCUUGGGCUUGGUUGAUAAGGUGGUGAAAGCUAUCUCCUUUGAUAGACAGCUUUAUAGUUUGUACCUUUCUUUGUUCAAAAUGGGUUGGGUUCCUAAGAACAUGAAGGCUCCUAAGUUGCCAAAAACUAACCAUUUUGGGUUCGGGAAUGGUCCGUUGAAGCUCAAAAUGUCGCCCAAAGACCGCGCCUAUUAUGAGCGGUUGGUGCGUGGGAAGAAGCCGGCGGCUCGAAGGCUUCUUCAGACCAAUUAUGCUGAUGAUGGCAUUUUGGUCAAUGGUGUUGUUGCUGUGGACCAAAAUGGAGCAUAUGACUUCACCACCAUCAAUGACGCCAUCGCGGCAGCUCCCGAUAAAUCCACCGCCGCGAACGGGUACUUUUUGAUCUUCGUCACUGCCGGGAUUUACACAGAGAGCGUAGUGGUUCCGAAAAGUAAAAGGUACGUGUUGAUGAUCGGAGAAGGUAACAACAGAACUAUCAUCACUGGGAACAAGAACGUCGUUGAUGGCUCUACCACUUUCAAUAGCGCGACCGUCAUCGUGGAGGGAACAGGGUUCUUCGGGGCAAACCUAACCAUCACCAACACCGCCGGCGCCAUCAAACACCAAGCCGUGGCGUUGCGAGUGAGCGCCGACAUGACGACGUUCUACAGCUGCAUAUUCGAAGGAUACCAAGACACUCUAUACACUCACUCCCUCCGCCAAUUCUACCGAGAAUGCGACAUCUACGGCACGGUCGACUUCAUCUUCGGCAACGCUGCUGUCGUCUUACAAAACUGCAACAUCUACGCUCGCCUCCCUCUGAGCGGGCAAUUCAACGCCCUCACAGCGCAGGGCCGGACCGACCAGAAUCAGAACACCGGAAUCUUCAUUCACAAAUGCACCAUCAAACCGACACCCGACCUCGCCGCUAGCCCCGCCACCAAGAGCUAUUUAGGGCGGCCGUGGAAGGAAUUUUCUCGAACAGUUUACAUGCAGUCGUUUAUCGAUGCCUUCAUCGACCCUGCAGGGUGGAAGGAGUGGGACGGGACUUUGAAUUUGAACACUUCGUACUACGCCGAGUUUGAUAACUCUGGGCCGGGUUCCGACACUUCGCGGCGGGCGCAGUGGGCGGUCGGGGUAAUCAACGCCACCGUUGCUAAUAUCUUCACGGUGUCUGAAAUCUUGGCCGGAGAUCAAUGGCUGCCGCCCACCGCCGUGCCCUACAGCGGCGGUUUAAUAUCAUAA